CGAAAUAGUUGACUGCUACCUGAAGAUUCACAGCUCAAAUUGUUUUGAUAGCAGGAUGGACAUUAUCUGAUGACAGACAUACUCUGACAGAAACUCGAAUAUUGACAUGUAUGAACACAGUGGACAGCCAAAGGAUGCUGAGCACAUCUUCAAGGAACAUGCUGGUCCAAAUUCGGAUGCUUCUAAUGCGCGAAUUUUCACACAGAUCCCAGAAAGUAGCUUUAGAGAGCAAGCAGAGCUAUCUCCUUCCAGUGGCACUGUGUUUGAAGAUGUUAUGAUCAGAUCUAGAAAGUUUAGUCCUGAGGACGUUCAGCUCACAAGCCAAAUUAUCUCAUCCAUACGGGAAAGAUUGUAUUCGGAAUCAUUUGUAGAAAGGCCAAACGGCACAUCUUAUACAACCGAUUCCAUAUCGCAUGAAAGCAGUACAAAUGGUAAUGCCUCCCAGAACUCAGAUCAUUCACCAUUGACGUUUUUUUCCGGCAACCAGUCUGAAAUUCAAGAUAGCAUAUUUUCCAACUCAACCUUCGCAGAAUCUAACAACUCAGUCUCAAAGACUGAAAGCCAGCCCUCUGAAACCACUGCGGAGAUUCUCAAAGGCCUAAAUCCAGAUAGUACAACUUUCCCGAGUGAUUUCUCUCUGGAAGAGAUACCAAAGUCAGACGUAGUUGACAUUGUACCAGACUCAGUGCCUGACGAAAGUGCCAUCAAUAGUCCAGAGUCAACCAACAGGGUUAUACCUGCUGGACGGUCAAAACCUGGGAGGCUCAGAAAUAUGUUGCCACCUUGCAGAGUUUGUUGUGACCAUGCAUCAGGAUUCCAUUAUGGAGCAAACACUUGUGAGGCUUGCAAAGGUUUUUUCCGCAGGAGCCUCAAGAAGGAGCCCAUCGAGUAUAAAUGUAACGGGGACAACAACUGCUCAAUACAGAGUGGGCGCAGAAACAACUGUGCUUUGUGCAGAUACAAGAAAUGCCUGGCUGUUGGCAUGUCAAAGGAUGCAAUCAAAACAGGACGAUAUACGCAUGAGAAGCGAACUCAGGAUAUAAUGGAGGUUAAGAGGUUGGAGGGUGGGCCAGUCCUCACAUCAGCACCUGUACGUGGCCGGAGAGGCCAUUCCCCACCCCAAGAUAUCUUGUUGGACCCAGAAACUACUCAGAUCCUUGGGCAGCUCUAUAGUGCUCAUAAGGAAAUUUUCCAACGCUGGCAUAUGAGUGUAGACUCGUUAGCGUAUGACCAUAUCAACAAACAAUAUGCUCAAAAAUAUCAACGUCAGAAGGAAGUAUCAUCAGCUAAAACAUCCUCACAAACAGGAGGGAAAAAUGGUACAGGACAUGAUGAGGUUUCCAUACAACAUCACUCAACAGACUGUACGGAAAGGAGAGAUGGUUUAAACGGUACACGAAUGCCUGGUAACACAGGUAGUGAUGCAAACAGGGUAGGACAACAUCCGGAGGAGAUCCAGAACUCACUUGUUUCUCACAUGGAAAUUGUGAUCAUGGGCUUUGUCAAAUACGCCAAGUCUUUACCUGGCUUCACCAACCUGAACCUGAAUGACCAGGCAGCUCUCAUUAAAUCUGCCCGGUUUGACGUGUGGAUGUUAGGCGGGAUCAACUUUUUCAACAUGACCCUGGGUGUGGUGACAGGCCCACUUGGAAACAGCUUCCAUAUGGAAGAGCUGCAGGCUGUCAUUGACCCUGGCUUUGUAAAAAGUGUGUUCUCUUUCUGCUGGUCGGGGCAACAGCUUGCCAUGAGUAAACAGGAGAUUGCCAUCCUGCAGGCCAUUGCGCUGACAUUCUCUGACCGUUGCAAACUUGACAGACCAACUCUUGUUGACGAGAUUCAGUCUAGACUGGUAUCCUGCCUGGAGCGGAUGACGCCAAGUCGACGACGCUUUGCCAAGCUUAUGGACAUGCUUGUACGUGUUCGUAGCCUGUCGGAGUGGGACGCCAAAGUUGCCCAAGAUAUUCUCAUGUGGUCUCAGAUUCAGCAGAAUCCUCUUAUCGUUGAAAUCCUGUCCUUUUGAGGUAUCCGAUACAUAACUGAGCUAGCUAUUCCAUUAUCCUUAAUGUUAAAUAUAGAGGCCUAGUGACCCUUACAAUAUUUGUAACCCAUCUGCUUCAGAAGAACAUAAAAUUUCCUGUAAAUUUCCUAUUAGACGCACUAAUGGACAAUCAGGUAGUCUUUUUAGAGGUAUAUUUUUCAAUUCUUCAACUUGAACAAUGCUUUAUAUACCUUAACUCUCAGCUAUAAAAAAUGAAAUUGUUCAGAUGAAAAAAAAAACCAUCGCUGCUUUUUGUUUGCAGUGUAUAAUGCAUCUUCUCCGGUUGCUGACAUCAUGCAUAUAAACCCAUACCCUAACUUUUAAUUGAGGUUACACGCCAUCUACAUUCUACAUAAACAUUUCUCAUACUUGGCAAAAGUUGUGUAUUGAAGCCAUGUAUCCAGACAAUUAUACUGAUUUACGCACCAGGGGGUGUUUACAGCUAUUCUUAAGUGGAUACUGAUGGCUGAUUGGUCAGUCGCGGGCUUUUACUUAGCCUAGCAUCUAGGUGAUGGGUAAUUGUUACAAGCAUAGUCGGUAUUUCAUAUUUAUAAAUCUAUAUAUGAUUGCUGAAUGGGGAAAAGUGGUUCUUAUUUGCAUGUAUACCGGGUAGUUCUCAAAAAGACAGGCGUCUCAUAGGACAUUUACAGUAAUUCAAAUGCCAUGCAAUACUAUUGACUAAUUAUACUAGUGGCAAGAUUAUGCACCAGUAAUUUUGUUAGUUACUUUGUUAAUAUAUUUAUAGUUUUUCUUUUACAUUUGGGUGCUGUGCACCUUUUUGUUGGCAUGUUUUCAUGAGCGACAUAACUUUAUGCAUGUUAUACAUUUAGCUCCAUAAAAAUCAAAUCAACAAAAUUCUUUGGGCUAAAGCUGCACUCUCACAUAUUGAUUAUAUUGGCAACUUGUUUUUCUUCUUGAAAUGAGCCAUUUUUUGCGUAAAUGUCUGGAAACCAGUGAUAUAAGAGUGCUGACAAAAGAGUCAAUCACAUAUAUAUGUUCUAAAAUUGAUUCUUUAUAACUUAAAGCGUUAAUAACGUUUUAAGAAUAAAAAAAGAAAUUGGCGAUUUACCAAACAAUUAAGAUCUGUUUUAUUGUAAGUUAUCUUAUAUGGCUGUAUGAAGGCACUGUCAAUCUGUGAAAGUGCAGCUUUAAUGCCAGAAGGUAUAAAAUGAUAUAAAAAUAUAGAAACGUUUUGGUAUACUCUAGCACUAACCCCACAAAGUUAUUCAUGAUUGAGUUUCAUAGCAAGAUUUUUUAUACUCUUAUAAAUCUUGUUAACAACCUAUGCGUAUUUUAAAAAGUGACAAUGAUCGAAUAAAAAGAUAUUGACCAUUGUUUUGAUCAUUUGGUAACAUGAAAAAAAUUAUUGAUCUUUCAGAAGUCAUUGUUUAAGGAGGAAUUUAAUUCAACAAGUUAAGGAAAUGUUUUGGUAAACGAGUCUUUGAUAAACUUACUGACAUAUUUUCUGGAUGAGUUUUUUUAACUUUUUAUUUUCAUUGCUACCGUAUUACCAUUCAAAUGCAUUUAAAUGGGCAUUAAUAAACAUAAUAUUUCAUUUCAUUUCUGAUCUGUUUUCCCAUGUAAUUUUUGACAUUCAUUGGAAUGAACUCUGCUUAUAAUAUCCUUAAUUAAUAAGAUUCUCUGUUUUAAUUACCUUGGGAAAAUAGGUUACCUUGGUAAUAAUUGUGCUCAUAACACCUUACAUUUUUGCACCCACCCCAUCAACUUUUUGAGCCCAAUUAUACAAGUUCAUAAAAUGCAUGAUUUAAAUUUAACAAUAUUUAAUACAGGGUCUCUUUGACUGAAGCCAAAUUAAAAAAUAAUGACUGUUUAGAAAUUCUGUCAGCUUCAAUUGUUUGUACAUACAUGUACAUGUUCCUGGUUAUAAUAAAAAAAUUGUGAUCUGCCUUUCUUACAGGUAAAUAUCUUUAAGUUAGGUUAAUUCUUAUAUUUCAUUCAACCCUAUUUUAAUGGUUUACUUAAGAAUUAAAAUGAUACUUAAUUAUAAUUGUGGUAACAUUCAUGCUACAUGUAUUAUGUAUGUAAUUGUUGUGUCAAACUUCAUUUGUCACCUUUUGUAACCAGACUAUACAAUAUAUAUUCUGUAGAGUAACCACACUUAUGUAGCAUGAGUUCCUAGCUGACAUUUAUAAUCUAAAUGAAAAAAUGGGUUAAAUUUUGAAUGAGUAGCGAAAUAAUUAUCUAAAUAAUGGAAAGUAACUCUUCCAACUAUGAAGGAAAUGUUGAUCCUUUAGCUGUUUUGAAUUCUAUUAAAAUGCAGAAAAUACAUCAACAAACAUAUGUUUAAUAACAUUAUGCACCAGUCAAUUUUAACCCCCCCCCCCCCAGGUCCGAGAAAUAGCGGGGACUUUGACUUUCGGUCCAGCCAACCCCCGCUAAAAUCACCACCCUGCGGGGACGAACAGAUAGUAAAAUUCCCGACAAAUGCCCCCGCACCCCAGGGACCCUAGGUAAGCCCCAUUCCCUGCUAUAUUUAAAGCGAAGAUAAAACCACCGCGGUCAUCCGGCACUGCGGGGCCUUCUGAAAGGUAAAAACACAGCCCAUUUCCCCGGCUACCCCUGGUAUACCCCCGGACCUGGAGGGUCCAUGGUUACAAUUGACUGGUGCAUUUUACAGACCAGAACAGAAGAUUUAUUUUAUCUUAUGCAUUACAAGCUUAUCUUACUGGUAAUUACUAGCUUGAAGGAAAAAAAAAACCUAGUUAACCGCUUUGGGCCGUUAGAUCACAUUUUAAAAAUUGCUAUGAGAUAUAAAUAGUCAGGCUAGUAUGUUUAUAUGGUAUUAUACACAAGAAUAUAGAAAUUUGGGCUAGAGCUUGUUAACCUUAAUUUCUUACACUAUGACCAUAUUGGUUGUAUAUAAUGAGUUCUAGGAACUUGUUAAACUUCUGUCUUUGUUGCCAUGUGAUCUGUGAUCUCAUUAAAGCAUUUUACACAAUACAUGUGCAGGGCCUGUAUUCAUGAAAUAUUUUAGAGUAUUAUUUUAGCUUUGUUCAAAGAUUAAAGAUGCACUUUUACCCCCAAAUAAGAUUAAUAAUAUUGUUUUAAUGUUCCAAAAAAGAUGAAUAAAUGUCGAAAAACAUUGUUUCUUAUGAAGGAUACCGAGUUUGAUUUUAUAGAGAUGAGCAUAAAACAUGGUAUUUCAACCUUAUGAGACCAUAGUAACCACAGUAAAUCUUUUAGCAUUCAUCAAUCAUUUAAUAUUUUUGCACUUUCUGCUAUUAAAUACAUGGUUUUCAAAAUUUUCGACGGGGUUGUUUUGUGAAUAUGUGCAAAGGGGAGGUAUACAUAAAAAUCUUAAGUCAUUUCUUAACUUAAGUCAAUGUCCUAAAAUAUACAUAUUUAAAUUAAAAGUAAAGUACAUGUAUUUUAUUACAUAGAAGUAUAUUAUUUUAAUCAAAUUAUACGAUUAGUUAAAAACUUAACUUAAGAAAAUGUCUUCAGUGAAGAAAUGAAAUAGGAUGUUUUAUGAAUAUGGGCCCAGAACUCCAGUGAUUUUAUUUCUGUAGAAUGUGCUGUAAAUAUUGUUAUUUUUGUCUUACUUUAUAUGAAUACAAUAUAUACCAGACACUAGCAAUACAAUUUUAUAACAUGUAUUUCAUAAUAUUUCUAUUUAUAUCAUUACUGUUAUAUUCCUUUAAAAAUAUUGUUCUGAUUUAAAAUGAAAUACGGAAACCAGAAAAAAGGUGUGUAUUAUAUGAUAGUUGGUUAAUCUGUGGUAUUGCAAAUGUGAUGUAUCUUUACACAAACGACCCCACAGAUUAAUCGACUAACAUACUAUUCCAAUAUAUUACCAUGUAUUAUGAACAACUGGUUGAUUGGUUGUUGGGUGACUGUUUAUAAAGAUUGAAUUACGUUUAAUUGUAUUUUGAUUGAAGUUUACUUUCUACAUUAUAACAUAUCAGAUUAAUAUGUCACAAAACAAUCUGAUGACUUGAACAUAAAGAAAACUUGAUUUAUUUUAAACAGCAGCACUAUACUUCUAUUAUAAUUUAGGGCCUUUCCCGGGGUUUUCCUCACAGUUUUAUGGCUAUCAAAAAUGUGUGAUUAUCAACGAAUCCGAUUCAGUCUGUUUCGAUGCUUGAGACUUCAUUGAAAAACACAUGCAUUACUGAAUCGGACGGUGUGUCAAAUAAGACAAUAACUCUUUAAUUUGUCAAUGGAAAAAGUAAGACAGUUGGUAAAGUUGUGAUUUUAGUUCAUUUAAAGCUACAUGUAGAUAAAAUUUAGAUUAAAGAUGUUUAAAGUGUUCAGCCUUUUAUCAAAACCCUUAGUUCCUCAGUAGGUGCUUUGGUUUGGUUUUGUGUAACCUUAAUUGAUCAAAUAAAAUAGUUAUACAGAAUACAAAUUUCUCAGCACUAAUUACAUCUGUUUGUUCAUAACUUUUAACAUCUUUUGAAAAAAAAACAAGACCAAAUGUUUUAUUUGGCAAAAUGUUUAAAACUCCAAAAUCUUAGGUAUUGAACCAACCAUUGCAAUUGACCAAACAUCUGUCGACUUUCGUCAUGAGAGCUUUAAAGCUGCACUCUCACAGAUUGAAUGUUUUGACAACUUUAUUUUUUUGCGAAAAUCCAUAGAAACCAGUUAUAUUAGACUGCUGAUCGCAGAUUUUUAUAUUUAAGUACAAAAAAUGAUGUUUUAUGCAUUUUUCUUUAACCGUUAGUAACGGUUUAAGCCAUAAAACAUUUAUUUUGAACGGGAAUAUGAAAAUCUACGAUCUGAUUUUUUGUCAGCAGUCUUAUAUCAUUGGUUUGCAGAUACCUACGCAAAAAUUUGCCCUUUCUAAGACAAACCAUAAAAAAGUUGUAAAUAUGGUAAAUCUGUGAGAGUGCAGCUUUAAAUCAAAGGUUAUCAAGUGAAUCAGAGUACUGCUUAUACUACACGAAAACACAUAAGAACAUUCACAUUUAGAGACUUAAUCUACAUGUAUAGUUCUUUGAUAAUCCUCUAAAUGUAGUUUGUCUUUGUGAAAUAUUGUUAUUUAUUAAA